GUUUCAUCAUCGCUAAAGUGGCAAUCUCAUCCGAAGUUGACCAGAAUAUCAUCCGAUCCAUCUUAACCAUAUCCAAAGUUGCAAUCUUAUUCUUAUCUUACCCGAACUACUCUCCCAGUCCCAGGAACAGUCAUCCUCUUUUUCCUUUUCUGGGUUCUGCUACGGUGCUGGUGAAGAGCAGCAGAAGAACAAAGAUGAAGAUCAUGGUUGCUGUCAAGAGAGUCGUCGACUACGCCGUUAAGAUCAGAGUUAAGCCUGACAAGAGCGGUGUUGAGACGAGCAACGUGAAGAUGUCGAUGAACCCAUUCUGUGAGAUUGCUCUCGAGGAAGCUCUUCGGAUCAAGGAGGCAGGACUGGCGUCGGAGGUGAUCGCCGUCAGCAUGGGCCCCAAUCAGUGUCUCGACACCCUUAGGACUGGACUCGCUAUGGGCGCUGAUAGGGCUAUCCAUGUCGAUGCUCCGCCCACGCUCUAUCCCCUCUCCGUCGCCAAGCUCCUCAAAGCCCUUGUCGACGUCGAGAAACCUGGUCUCCUCAUCCUCGGUAAACAGGCUAUUGAUGACGAUUGCAAUCAAACGGGGCAAAUGGUUGCAGGGCUGCUCAACUGGCCACAGGGAACAUUCGCUUCAAAGGUUGUACUGGAUAAAGAGAAGCAGGUAGCAACAGUGGAAAGGGAGGUGGAUGGUGGUCUGGAGACUCUGUGUUUAGACCUACCAGCAGUAAUCACCACGGAUCUGAGACUGAACCAGCCAAGAUAUGCAACGCUCCCCAACAUAAUGAAAGCAAAAUCAAAAGUUAUAAAGAAGGUUACACCCCAGGAGCUGAAUGUGGAAAUCAAGUCUGAUUUGGAGGUAGUUCAAGUUACUGAACCCCCCAAGAGGAAAGCUGGGGUGCUGGUCUCCUCUGUGGAUGAACUCAUUGACAAGUUGAGAAACGAAGCUCAUGUUAUCUAAUCAUUAUUUUAUUCUUGUUAUACUCUGAUCUCUUUUCCUUGCUGUAUUCUUUUCCAUUUCUUCUUUCACUAAAAGGAACUAAGACUUGCAUAUAUGUAAAUCCAUAUGCAUAUCCAUAUGAUGCUUGAAGGUAUGAUACCAGAAGAACUUUGACCAAAUUUUGCUUUUAGACCAACCUAUUAGUUACCACUUUUAUGAUACCAGUUGACUGGUAUGAUGCCUUUCUGUAUAAAUGUAAAGUUGAUCCACUAAUAUCCGAACUACUAUGAUCUUCUCUUUU